AACGAAACAAAUCACGGUGACUUGGUUUACCUUUUACGGUGUCGUUUCUACCCUCCACCAACCACACAAAUAAUCUGCAAAAUGGCCUCGGCGACUCUCCUCCCAGAAGUGUCUUUGGACGAGAAUGGAAGCAUCAAGCUUUUCAACAAGUUCCCCUUUGAGGGUGUUGAGGUGAAGGACAUUUCCUUGGUUGACUACAUCACCAUCGGUAACGGUCAACCCCUUCCCCACACUGCUGGUCGCUUCCAAACCAAGCGUUUCCGCAAGGCCCGUUGCUUCAUUGUCGAGCGUUUGGCUAACAGCUUGAUGAUGAACGGCCGUAACAACGGUAAGAAGCUCUUGGCUACUCGUAUUGUCAAGCACGCUUUCGAGAUCAUCGCUCUUUUGACCGACCAAAACCCUCUCCAAGUUUUGGUUGACGCCGUUGCUGCCUGUGGUCCUCGUGAGGACUCUACCCGUAUUGGUAGUGCUGGUACUGUCCGUCGUCAAGCUGUCGAUGUCUCUCCUCUUCGUCGUGUUAACCAGGCCAUUGCUUUGAUCACCAUUGGUGCUCGUGAGGCUGCUUUCCGCAACGUCAAGUCCAUCUCUGAGUGCUUGGCUGAGGAGAUCAUUAACGCCGCCAAGGGUUCUUCCAACUCUUAUGCCAUUAAGAAGAAGGAUGAGCUUGAGCGUGUUGCCAAGAGCAACCGUUAAAAUGAAUACAUCGAGAGAUUUCAACGAGAAUGGCGCUUUAGUGCUGGAUGGGAGGUGGGUAGUUGGAGGGGGUCCCGGGUGCAGUGUUAGGA